AGAUUGCGGAUGCCCCAUUUUGACAUUGACACAGCAAGCUUUUCUCACUUUAUUAAAAUGUACUUCAGGGUAUUUUUCAACGACCUGACCAAGCCCAGAAAGACAUUUGAGACGACCAGCCUCUUGAGUCUCUAAUCACGCAACCGGUCCACUCUUCAUUACCAUGACAGAGCGCUAUCCUUUAGCCGAGAAGGCGAUGUCGGACGGCUAUGCUCGGCUCAGGUUCAAGGACACGUCGCUGCUUAUUUGGCAGCAGCAACAGCUGGACUUGGAGAAAGCGCCACCAACCAAUUACCUGAGCCGCAGUAAGAGCACAUGGUACAGCAAGUAUGGCAACCAAGCAGUUGUGGUACGGGACAAAACAGAACUGAAAGACACCGACAGCACUGGACAGUCCCGAAUUUGUGCUGUUAUGUGAUGUUACUUUGUCAUGGAUGAUUCUCUUUAAAAAAUGGGAACACAUCUGAGUGUUUCUGUUCACGUGUCAUUUCAACAUGGCUUUUAAGUGUACUCUGAGUGCAGUAUUUUUUUUUUAACAUUUAGCCUAUAUAAUGGCAUAGCACGCAAAAGUAUAGCUGUAAGAAGUGGCUUGCUUUCUACGGUUGCCAAGACUGGAUGAACUAAAACUCGUUUUUAGCAAGUCUGUACAACUUGCCUUCAAUAAGCUGCUUUUAAGAAUGCAGUAUUUUCAUGUUAGUGUUAUUUAAGCUCUCACCAAAUAUAAACUAUAAACAGAAAUACUCUAAAAUAAAUAUACCUAGGUAGUAAAAAGACACCACUGUGGGUUUUUGUGAUUUAUUAACGAAAAAUGAAGGGGCUCAGUGUCCAAAUCUCAGAUUACCUUAUAAGUCUGUCCCAAAACAUACUUAUCAACUGGCUGAACUUAACAUAAUGUAGCGCUACCAAGUUUUAAAUUUAACUUGAAUGACAUGUUAUAAACUGCUAGAAAAGUUUAAGAAAUGUACUGUAAAUUGGCAUGCACUACACAAAUGUUCUCUCUCAUAACAAAACAAACCAUAAAAUAUCCAGGCCCAAGACAGAGUUGACGAAUAAGUAGUGAAUAUAAAUUUAUAUCUGUAAUUAUAUAUCUUUAUAUCUCUGUCUGCAACAUUUUCUGUUUGAAGAACCCCAAUUGUACUUACUGGGCUCUGCUGGAGGAACGGAGUGAAUUAAACUGUAACAGAAAUUAAUCAUUUAAAGAAAAUGUAGAUUAUAGCCACACACGCACACAAAUGCUGGGUUUGAACAUGUAAUGCAAUACAGUGGUAAUAACGAAAUAACAUAAAACACUUUAAUGCAUCCUACAUAUAAGAAAACCCUUGAAGUCACUUUACAUUAAGAUUUCUGUGUUUUCAUGUUCUUUUGAUUUAAAGAACUAUACACAUUAGUUUCAACAUUAUUAGCUAUACCAAACCAGUUUAAUUUAUUGUAGUGUGCCAACUAAACUUAAGGCAACAAGAACACAUCCAAUGAAUUUAAUGGGAUGAGAUUUGAGGCUCUUCAAGAAAUUAAUUCUUGCCAAUGCCACACAACUUCAUAAAAGAGCAGCUUUACUGAAGCCACAAAAAGAAAAUAACCUCUAAUACAUUCGUUUUUUAUAAAGAUUAUCAGUCAUGGUCAUUUCCAAAUAAACAUUUCUAAAUACACAGCAAGAAAAUAGCAUGUUUUGUGAAGUGUUUAGGUACCUUUGAGGGAAAAAGUAAAAUAAAAGUAAUUAUUAAAAUUGAGAACAUACAUUAGUUGCAAUACUUGCAACUAAUAAUAGCUACUGUUAAACACAUCCUUCUGAAGUUUAAUCUAGCACUGCUGAUUUAAGUCUUCACAAAGAGAACUGUCCAAAUUUUUUCUAUUAAAUGCUUCCCUCGUUUUCUUUACACCCCCACCCCCACCCCAAAAUACAGAAGUUUUAGUGAGGCUUGUUUAUUCCAAUGUGUGUUUUUGAACAUCUGAAUGCACUCAACCACUCUAAAAUACCUGGAUAUCAUAUAGACUGAAUUUAAAUCAAAGCUUUGAUUGUCCUAUGAGUGGACUUGAUUAAAAAUGAGGCAUUCCAGAGAAAAUGUAGGAAUGGCGUCACUUGCCUAAAUAUCAAUAGUACAAAAAAAGUUACAGAAGACAAUCCAAAUAUAAAACAAGCAAAAAAGCAUAUGAUAUAGAUUAAAAACAAACAAAAAUCUGACAAAAUUCUACAACAAAAUACUGAGCUGAGCAUGGCAGUGAAAAUGUACAGUGUUGAAAUAGCCAAAAUUACUGCAAACUAUGCUUAAGCUUCUCAAAACAAAGGAUUUAAUAAUGAUACUGACACCAGGGUCAACAGACACUGUCUAGAGAGUUAUGUUGAGCCAAAUUACUUGUUUAAACGGGUCUAGAAACAUUUCUGUAAAGAUAGCAUGUGGAAAACAUGUAACUGUGCCUUUUUGGAUUAAACAAAAAUAAAUAGAUCCUCUUAAAAAUGGUAACAAAGAGUAUUAUCAUAGUCUGUAAAAUAAAUGUGGAAUGAGUUGAAAAGUCAUGCUAACAUGACAAAAUCGCGUCAAAGGCCUUUUUACCUUCAGACAUCAAAACCGUAUGUAGCUACUCGAUUAGUAAAAUGCAGCCAGGCAUUUGACAGUUUUUCCACUAAUGAAUGUUUUCAGUAUGGAUCUAAUUAGCAGCAACCUAAAAAAACACACACACACACACACGCACACACACACACACACACACACACACACACACACACACA